AUGUGCCUCUGUGCUCUGAUCCUGGUGUCACUUGCAGUGCUCACAGCAGGAGGACACCCAUCCUCACCGCCAAUGGUAGACACCAUGCAAGGCAAAGUCCUGGGGAAGUACGUCAGCUUAGAAGGAUUCCCACAGCCUGUGGCCGUCUUCCUGGGAGUCCCCUUUGCCAAGCCCCCUCUUGGAUCUCUGAGGUUUGCUCCACCACAGCCUGCAGAGCCCUGGAGCUUCGUGAAGAAUGCCACCUCCUAUCCACCUAUGUGCUCCCAAGACCCAGUGACAGGGCAAAUAGUCAAUGACCUCCUAACUAACAGAAAAGAGAGCAUUCCUCUCCAGUUUUCUGAAGACUGUCUCUACCUAAAUAUUUACACGCCUGCUGACUUGACAAAGAGUGACAGACUGCCAGUGAUGGUGUGGAUCCAUGGAGGUGGACUAGUGUUAGGUGGGGCAUCAACCUAUGAUGGACUGGCCCUGUCUACUCAUGAAAAUGUUGUCGUGGUGGUCAUUCAAUACCGUCUGGGCAUCUGGGGAUUCUUCAGCACCGGGGAUGAACACAGCCGGGGGAACUGGGGUCACUUGGACCAGGUGGCUGCGCUGCACUGGGUCCAGGACAACAUUGCCAACUUUGGAGGGGACCCAGGAUCUGUGACCAUCUUUGGAGAGUCAGCAGGAGGUGAAAGUGUCUCUGUUCUUGUGCUAUCUCCCUUGGCCAAGAAUCUCUUCCACAGGGCUAUUUCUGAAAGUGGUGUGGCCCUCACUGCAGGUCUGGUCAAGAAGAACACCAGGCCCUUAGCUGAGAAAAUUGCUGUCAUAUCUGGUUGUAAAAACACCACUUCAGCUGCCAUGGUUCACUGCCUUCGCCAGAAGACAGAGGAAGAACUCCUGGAAACCACACUAAAAUUGAAUCUUUUUAAGCUGGAUUUGCAUGGAGACUCCAGACAGAGCUAUUCCUUUGUUCCCACUGUGCUUGACGGAGUGUUGCUGCCAAAGAUGCCUGAGGAGAUCUUGGCUGAGAAGGACUUCAACACAGUGCCCUACAUCGUGGGAAUCAACAAGCAAGAGUUUGGCUGGAUUCUGCCAACUAUGAUGAACUACCCACCCUCUGAUGUGAAAUUGGACCAGAUGACGGCCACGUCACUCUUGAAGAAGUCCUCUUUUCUUCUUAACCUCCCUGAGGAUGCAGUUCCAGUGGCCAUUAAGAAGUAUUUAAGAGAUGCCGAUAACCCAGGCAGAAAUAAAGACCAACUUCUGGAAUUGAUUGGAGAUGUGGUAUUUGGUGUUCCAUCUGUGAUUGUCUCCCGUGGACAUAGAGAUGCUGGAGCUCCCACUUACAUGUAUGAAUUUCAAUAUCGUCCAAGCUUCUCAUCAGAAAUGAAACCAGAUUCGGUGGUAGGAGACCACGGAGAUGAAGUCUACUCUGUCUUUGGUGCCCCAAUUUUAAGAGGUGGCACCUCAGAAACAGAGAUCAAUCUCAGCAAGAUGAUGAUGAAAUUCUGGGCAAACUUUGCUAGGAAUGGGAAUCCCAAUGGACAGGGGCUGCCCCAUUGGCCAGAGUAUGACCAAAAGGAAGGUUAUCUGCAGAUUGGAGCCACCACCCAACAAGCCCAGAAGCUAAAAGAAAAAGAAGUGGCUUUCUGGACUGAACUUCUGGCUAAGACGCCACUACAGACAGGACACACUGAGCUGUGAUUGGGAGGCUCUGCCAGCCUCAGCCCCAGCCUCAGC